CCCGCUUACGCGAGAACCCCGUGAAACAUCCUAGGUGAUUGGCCUUGAUGUUUCUUGUAUGGUGCAUCCUUGAUGUUUCUUGUUUGAUGUUUCUUGAUGUUUCUUGAACAUCCUACGUGGUUGGUUUCUUGCAUUUACAUGGUAUGGUUCUUGCGGACCACGCGAUCGCGGGCUCUGAGUGGGUGAUUGUCGUGCAUUUACCUUGUAAUUUACCUUGUAAUUAUCCACCGAGAAUCUUCAUCCAUGGUGGACUAAUCAUGGGCACAUAAAAAGCGCUAUGUGAUCUAUGUGUCAAAGGAUAGUCCAAGUUGCUAUCAAAACAGAGUAUAUCCAGGUUUGGAUGCAGCAUCGUGACUCAGGGCAGCACGUACCAUCAGUUAGUGCGAUCAGGGUCACUGCGGUCACUGGAAUGGAGCUCAGCAGGAUCCGCUGCAUGUACUGUGUAUGAUCACCGGCUGAUCAGCAACGGCAUUGAGGUUUAAGCCACGGCUUUUGAGAACCACAAAGCUCAGGUUGGUUGUUAGGUCGAGUCUGGCAUGAGCAAGGGGCCUUGAAUGCCUCUUCCUUGAAUGGUCCAGUUGCGAUGCAAUAUUGGAUCACAUUCUGGUGUGCAGUUUUGGAGCAAGUUUUCCCGCAACCUGUGACUUGGCUGGAGAUUCCAAUCUUCCAGCAGUUGCGGACAUGGAACAUGAUCAUCCUCAAUGAUCACGAAGCUGGACCGGAGUCUUUGAAGAUAGCCAAGGCCACCAUCAUCACCACCUUCAUCGGCACCAUCACCACCAUCACCAUUGUAGUCUUUCGGAUGCUGUCUGUUGCACCAGUACUACUGACCGGCCCUAAACUCAACAUCCGCCGGUCGGACGGAGCAUCGAAGAGGACCGUUUGUUAGGAGAUCAAGGAAAAUCCUGUUGGUGAACCACAUCCAGGUUGAAGUGACCCUUUCUUCCCCACCUGUCAGGUGAGGGUUGUUAGAUUUGAUGUCAGCUCAUGCCCUGCUCCUCCUGAUUCUCCUCGUCCUUCUUGUCCUCCGCGCCGUGCGCCAUCCUCAACCGCGACAAGUAGUUCUUUGGUGAAGUCUUUCGUUUUUGGAUUUCCUGGGAAUCCCAGCGCAAGAACCUGUCCUUUGAAGUUUUGCAUGCGAAGUCACCAACGAACAUAUAAGCUUUAUUGUAUAGCUUCGUAGCUUGCCAACCAAUGGAGGGAAAGUGACCUGCAAAAGGACCCGUAACCUGGGGCACCUUUGGGAUAGUCGAACUAGGGUUCUUCAAUCUUUGUUGGAAAAUGAAUGUUCCUAGACGAUUGUGGCAUGACGUUUGGCAUGACGAUGUGCUCCUCUGAGCCCGGCUCACCGGACAAUGAGGUCAGUUCGAGAUGAGCGACUUGGAUGACGCGCGAGACUGACGCAGAAACACGUGCCAAACUAAAAUGUGAAACACUGGCGUCGAUUUGUUUGCAACUCCUGUGUUUUCGAAGAAGUGCGUGACACGAUAAACACUGACUGACAUGUACCUGACAUGUGUUCAAGGGCAUGCGUGUUCCGGUUGUAUGUCAUGUGCAGCCAAGAAGUUUCCUGCUGGCAGUUUGGUGGGUGCUCGUGUGGUUCUGGCUUGACUUGUGCUCUGCAACAAUUGAUCGAGACUAGUAUGCUAACCCUUGGUCGGACUAUGGAACCCACUAUAGAUGGGAGAAUUGCCAAAGCAGGUGGUGUGUCUAUCAGUGUCCCUGGAACCUUCAGGGUCUUCAGCACUGACCACCAGCAUGCAGCCACCAGCCCAUUCUCAGCCCCAGCCAGUGACCGACCCAAAACGGACACAAACAUGUUCGGAACUCUGGGAGUUGCUACGGCUCUCUCAACAUCAAACAGCAGAGCCCUUGUGAAGACUUAGUAUUUUUAUUGGAGUUUUUUUUUGGGGGGGGACUUCCAUUGUAAGUAUUCUUUCGUGGGUGUGAGCUUCAAAAAAUAACUCCCGUUCAGCCCAAACGUGGUAUAAGCUGAAAUUCCGUGCCAGUGGCUGGGUGGAACGCAAGUUUUACCAUGACAAUCUUUGAGCUGCACAAGCGGAAAGACACGUCAUCAGUGCAUGCUUUGUGUUGGGCAACAAGAGGCAGCCAACCUGGGGGCCUUUGAAUUUGGCUGCCGAAGCUGACCUCUUCACUUCAGCGUGCUCAGGAUCGACUUGGAGCAUGUUUGGGUGCCCCCUCACAUGCAGCACACGAAGGAAGACCCCAAGGACUUCCCGAAGUACUUCGAUGGGCGCGCUGAGGCACCGGUGACCACUGUCUUCGUGGGUGGGCGCAAUGAAGCUUCCAACCUGCUCCGGGAACACUACUACGGUGGCUGGGUGGCCCCGCGGAUCUACUAUCUGGGCCCCGCCGGUGUCGUCCGCUGCGGCCCCUUGCGCAUUGCGGGUGUCGGAGGGCUCUUCGCCUCCAAUGACUACUUCCGGGGGCGCCAUGAGUGCCCGCCCUACACUGAGGAGUUCAAGAAGAGCGCCUUCCGUGCCCGGGAGUGGGAUGCCGCGCGGUUGGAGAAGCUGCAAGAGCCGGUGGAUUUGGUCAUCUCAUAUGACUGGCCUCGAGGAAUUUGGAAGCAUGGCCCUUACGAGACGCUCAUCAAACAGCAAGAACUGGGAGAGAACCAGAAGAGGGAGAUGGAAGGGAACAACUUGGGGUCUCCCGCGGCCAUGGAGUUGCUGAAGAAGUUGCGGCCACCCUUUUGGUUUUCCGCCAGCCUCCAGGUGCGCUUCCCGGCGCUGGUGAACCACGGCGACGGCACCUUCACGCGCUUCUUGGCGUGUGAGCGAUGUAGAGGUGGCAAAGAGUUCUUGCAGGUGUUGGACAUCGAUCCUCGUAGCUUCUCGGGUUUGCAGCCCUUGCCUUCGCCCCAGUGGCAGCGUGCGACGCCCGCGCCCGCGCCGCGGACGCCGCUGUGCUACGAUGUGGAGUGGAUGGCACUGCAAAAGGUCAAUCACGAGAAUAUUUCCUUUACUUGGCAUCCGGCCAAAGCCCGUGUGCUGGUGCCCAGCAAGGAGGACCUCGCAUGGAUCCAGAAGCGUCUCAAGGCGGCCUGCGGCGCCGUGGCGCGCGCGGGCGGCCAGAGACGGCACCCCAACUUGACGCCGACGAAGAUGCGCAAGAGCCGCGGCACCGGCAGGCAGACUUUCCAAAGCUUCUCCACACUCCAGUUGCGUGAGCUCUUUGAGAUCCGCGGGCUAGACUUCCCCGGGCACUUGGAUAAGGCCUCGAUGAUCGCGCGCCUGGAAGCAUUUGAUGCCAAGCAUGGCGAGGAGGAGCACUGGAAGGAAGCCGACGUGUCCUACCCGAUCCCCUCGGAGUUCAUCCCGGGUCCGGCCAAGCAGCGACAGCGGAUUCUGGACAUGUUGGAGCUUCCCGACAUUUGGAAGGACCAGGAGGAGCAUCGCAAGAACCUGCUGCGUGCCGCCCGCGGAGAGCCCCCAGAGGAGCCCGCCAAGCCUGAGGCAGAGGCGCAAGAGGGCGAAGUGACUGGCAAGUCACCGUCCAGUUCCAGCGAAUCCGAUGACGACGUCGCCUUUGCGUUGCAGAGCGCGGCGCAACCCGCGGCGCAACCUGCAGCGCAACCCGCGGCGCAACCCGCGGCGCAACCUGCAGCGCAAGCCGCAGCGCACGCCGGGGCGCAAGCCGCGGAGACGGCACAGGAGGAGGUGGACUGGGAGCCCGAUGAGGACGAAACGCGACCAUGUGACCAGGUCGAGGUCACGCCGGUGGCGGAGCCAGCAGCACAGACAGCUGAGCCUGUGCAGCCGGUGACGGAGCAGCUGACUUUGGAGCUUGAGGAGCCUGACCAAGCCCGCGUGCCAGAAGAGCCUGACCUAGCCCAAGCCCGCGCGAAGGAGGUGGAAGUGAUUGAGAUCCCUGCAGUGGAGCUGAAGUCCCAUGAGCAGGUGGGUUUGGAGCUGAACACCUCUGCCCAACUGCUGGCCGAAGCGCUCAUGAGCCUCGGGGAUGAGGAGGAGGAAGGCCUGUUGAGCUCGGCAGUGGAGGAGGAGGAUGCAGGAAAGGAGCCAAUCGAUGAUCCUGUGGAGGCCUUGGAGGCGGAGGCUGCUCAACUGGAAGAAGAGGCCGCCGGCUUCGCAGCUUUGGCUUUGGCCUUGGAGGAAGCUGAGCGAGAAGAGGCUGAAGCUGCGGAAGCCGCACCUUCUCCGCCUGUGAGGCAGCUGACAUUGCCACGCAAGCGGCGGCGCUUCUGAGAGGUGCACCCAUCGGAGCUGCCACCCUGCGCGCCACGAUUGCCCUGACCGCUGCACGCGACAAAAUGCGAUAAGAGGAUGUGUGGAUGAGAGGACUGAACGAUUUCAGAGUGGAUUGUGGAAGAAACUCUUUUGUUCCAAGCAACUUCCUUACGAAGUCUCCAAUGGACUACCCUACACCCCCCUGUGGAUCUCCAUUGAACACAGCUUUGAAGGUCCAUUCGUUUAGUAGAGGAUGCCACCAACUGGAUUUCACCUCCACUUGCUUAGUCGCUCAGUGACCUUUUCACGAAAUCUUUCAAUUGACCUCAUUCUUGGGAGGUCAGGCAUGAAAGGUGC